GAUCGGAGGCUACAGGCUACAAACGUGUCAGUCACUCGAGGCAUCUCGAGGCACUUGGUCGGUCUUGUGUCAGAUGUGAAUUCGUGUUAGUUGUGUGAUGCAUCAAAAUACUUAUCACAAUUGACCAUCAUCGUUCGACAUCUUACUCAAUAUUACAAUGAUUUAUGAACUUUACGCACUUCGUAGACUACGAUGUGACAUUCGUUCGAAUAUGUCAUCGAUGAUUGUUCAUUUUUGUUCCGAAUUUGAAUGAGAACGACGCGUGUAUUUGGUGUAUUAUAACGUACGAAGUAAUUGGAAGUGAGUGCCAAUCCUGAGCACCGGUUGCUGCAAUUUUUCGUUGAGAUAAAAAUCAAGAGGCGCGUUCUAUACACGCGAACUCGAUCGAACGUUGGCCGGGUGCAUUUUUCCAGUCUCUUGCUACAAAUUCACCCCUCGCGCUCCUAUCUGUCUCCUCGUGAAAAGAAGAGUUCGACAUCAAUCAAUCAAAAUCCACGAGAGGUGGAUGUUACGAGUGCUUCCACAAUGAAUCAUAAUAAUUAUCCUAGUGAUGCAAUGUUUCGCAGACAAUUGACCAUUGAUUCUUCAGAAUUUCGUAAAAAUUCGGUCAAACCAUGUAACUGCGAGAUGGAAUAUUAUUUUCUGAUGAAAUAGCGAGUACCACAAAAAAUACUCGACCAGACGAAUUUGUAGUGCGCGAUAAUAUCACAGCGUUCAAUCGCUCAUUCCGCAACGACAUACAGUGUCCACGUGAUUUCGUGACAUAUCGCGAAACUAAUUACAAUUACACACUCGAAAAGAUAAACACCUGCUAUUGGCAGCGUCCGAGCAUAGAUAAAGAGAAAUACAUCGAACAGCGCACUUUUCAAUCAUUAUUUAUUUCGAAAUUGUGACACAAACGAUAUUUGUCCUCGUAAGCAAUAUUGUAGUUGUACAAACGGAGAGUCCCUGCUCAAUGCGUAUGAGAGCAUCGAAUCGAAUUUACUUUCGAUUCAUCCCAGGAACACACGAAUACGCGAGAGAGCUUGUCGAUUGGACAUAAGAUCGUGCAAUAAAAAUUUUAUUCACCAUUUUUGUGCGUGUUUAUUUUUCCCUAAUUUUGUUUGUUGAUUUUAUUAGCUGGAAAAAAAAAAUUAUUCUGAGUAAAUCGACUUUAUCAGAUCGUAAUAGAGACUAAUAAAAAAUUUUCGUGAUGGAAGACUCUCAAGUGCACGGCUCCAGUACAGUGCUGGAAGAAACGUUCUACAUUACGUCGAAAAAGAACACUUUAUAUCGCGUCAAAUUGACAGAGAAGGGUCUCAGCCUUCAAAAAGAGAGCAACGGGGCUACGAAAACGGAAACUAUCGGUCUCAACGACAUAAUAGGAUGCAGGUGCCUGCGUUCGAAGCGUCGAAACGCGGGAAGCUGCGCUUGCCGUCCCAGCGUCUCAAAAAGUCAGCUGAGACUCGUUGAAUCGACCGAAACGUUCGGUGCAUGGGAUGAACACGAUACAUCCGCAUAUCUGUACAUCUAUGCUUACACGCUGAAAAAAGCGAGGGUCAAGGGAGCCCGAAGACGCGAAAGAACUACCAUCACGUUGCGUUUUCGUAGCUUCGACAAAUAUGAAGAUAAUCUUCGUGAAGCCAGUCGAUGGAGGCUCGCCAUAAAGUGUCUCGUUACCAGGGUUGCCGUGCCAAAAAAUCUCCUCAGUCCCAGUCAUAGCAAUCUCGAAACGUUGCUCAGUGCGUGUCCUGGCGAACGCAGAAAACUUUUGGUGCUCCUAAAUCCGAAGAGCGGACCAGGCAGAGGACGCGAAACGUUCCAACGGCGGGUCCAUCCGAUCCUCUCCGAAGCUGAAAAACCCUACGAAGUUCAUAUCACGAAGCACUCGAAUUACGCACGAGAAUUCGUUCGCACGAGAGACAUUUAUCAAUGGAGCGGCUUGCUCAUGGUCGGCGGCGAUGGCAUCGUCUUCGAAGUCGUCAACGGACUCCUCGAGAGACCCGACUGGGAACGAGCCCUCGAGGAAGUUCCUCUCGGCGUUAUUCCGUGCGGAUCUGGCAAUGGACUCGCCAAAUCCAUCGCCCAUGCCAAGCAGGAGCCGUACGACCAAAAUCCCAUGCUAAUCAGCUCCCUCGCUGUGGUGCGAUGCAAAAAAACUCCGAUGGACCUCGUCCGAGUUGAAACGCGAAGUCAAAUCCUCUUCUCGUUCCUUUCCAUCGGUUGGGGAUUGCUCUCCGAUAUAGACAUCGAAAGCGAGAGACUCAGAGCUAUCGGUGGUCAGCGUUUCGCGGUUUGGGGAGUCGCCAGGCUCAUAGGAUUGCGAACUUACAAGGGUAAGGUCUCUUAUCUUCCCUUCGAGAAAUUACCGCCAUCCUCCGAGAACAAUCAGACCAAUGUCAUUUACAAGGAUAACAUGAAAAAGGACGAAGUCAUCAUUCCUCAUGCGAAGAGCUUCGGCGAUCAAUUGGACAGGUUUUGCGGGAUUCGAGAAUCUAAAAGUUAUCAGGACGCUCUGGAAACGGCGAGCCAAGAUGUAGACAUCGGCCUGCAUAAUUCCGACAGCAAUGAAAUAAUAACGGAGAGUUUGGCGUUGGAAACUGAAACCCAGAGUCGCAGCAGACUGGACAGCUUUUAUUCGGCAACGUCCAGGAAAUCGACCUAUUUCAGUACCGGCUCGGUUUCAAGUUAUCACAGCAUGGACGAUAACGAAGGUUCUUCUCAAGAUGGCGACAACGGUAGUCGUGUCAUGUACGGACCACCUUCUUCUUUGCCUGCUCUCACUACCGAGCUUCCUAAUGGAUGGACUCAGGUGCAAGGUGAAUUCGUGAUGGUACACGCAGCUUAUCAGUCGCAUCUUGGACAGGAUUGCUUAUUCGCACCACGGGCAAAGCUCGCGGACGGUGUAAUUUGGUUGCUGAUAGUUCGAGCUGGAAUGACGAGACCAAAUCUUCUGCAAUUUUUACUGGGUCUUAGCACGGGAGCUCAUCUGGCUUGUUCCGGUGUCGAAAUGAUCCCGGUCAAAGCUUUUAGGAUAGAACCGGCUGAAAGCACCGGGGGCCACAUGACCGUCGACGGUGAGGUAGUCGAUUAUGGACCUCUACAGGCGGAAAUUUUUCCCUCGCUCGCCAACGUGAUGAGCCCUUGACGCGAUCCAUCGUCUGAAAGAGUACAACGAAUCAACGGGGCUUGAGAAAAUUUCCUCUUCAUUCUUGCUCUCGAUAAUCGAUAUAGAAACAUUCCGAAGACAUUCUCAAUUCCAGAAAUAAAAAUUCGAUCCGUGAUUUGACGCACCGUUGAAAAAAGCUCAUCCAUAAGUACAUUCGACUCAACCACUCAAUAAUUUGUCGAUGGAAAUUUAUUGAUCGUAGAAAAUGGAAGAACGGUAUUUGCAGUAAUUUUGCAGUUGUAAGAGAAAAUUCGAUGAAGUUCAAUUAUCUUGAAAAUUCCACUCGAAACGCAAAAAUAAUAUCAUUUUUAAAGUAGAUUGCUGGUCAACGAAACCUUUUUCAAUCGAUAAUCGAACAUUAUUGUCGUUACGUGACAUAAUAGGAGCGAUUUUUUUUCAAAAGUCAUUUAGUAGGGAGGAUUCGGGCCAUUGAACGAAUGGCUUAUCAAUUAUUGGCUCCAAAUCGAGUCAAAAAUAGGCAUUCCAAAAAAAAAAAAAAUAAAAUUUUGAAAAAAUUGAGAAAUUCCGUAGGCUCCAUUCACAGGACCCAAAAAAAUUCUUUGUUCAUUGAUUGAACCAUUUAAUUUCAUGUUAGCUGAGAAAAAAAAGAAUGAUAAAUAAAUUAAAUAACGGACUAUUCAAUCUAUCGCGGUUGAAACAAGAUCGUAUCAUUUGAGGGCCUUGGAAAUAUCAGUGAUGUAGCUAUGUCGGUUACUCGGAAGUGGAAAUGCUAGUAGGUCAUCGCAAUUUUCACACAGUUCCUUCAUUUCCAUGGAUUCCUCUUGGUCAGCUUCACGUCCUUGACCACGUCGUAAAUAAGCAUGAGAAGUACGAUAAGAAUGAGAAAAACUGUGUGGUUCUGCGUGCUGUGGACGACGAAAAUAGGACAAAUUUGUGUCUUUUGUAUAAGAAAAUGUGGGUCAUCACAUUUUUCGAAAUAGAGUGCAAAACUUUUGUGAAAAAAUGGAUCCUGAAUGAGAUUCCAUGCGUCCUAUGAUCCUAGAAUGUGAUCGAGAUUAAUCGAAGAAACUCAACGAAAAAUCUGUAAUUACAAAAUAGUUGAUGAAAGGGAAUGCUUUCGGGAAGAACGUGGGGAUGGGCCGUAGGCAAGUACUACGAAUAUUUGUUAUUGACUAGCUAGAGAAAUAUCUCAUUGUUAGUCAUCUAUUGUUUAGUGAAUCAUUUGUACAAGAGAAAAAAAAAUUGAAGGUUUUUGGCAGCCACUGAUAGAAAGAAGAGGAUUCGUGUCAGCGAAUCAACAACUUAUCGGAAUGGCUGACCAAACUGAAGUCGAAAAGAAAUCAAAUAAAAAUAAGAAUUACGCCUUAUAACGUGGUUCCAAUAGGACUUGAAAAAAACGCUCAAAAAAAUGCAGUCUGUCCAAAAGAUAAACAGUGUUUAUCUGUUCGAAAACCACGAAUAGAAUGUAUAAUUUGAAUAUUCUUAUAGCUUGUAAAGACGCAGAAUUAUAGUAAAUUUAGAAUCGAGAACAGCGUCAAAGACGACAUAAAUAAUUCAGUGUUAAACUCCCUUAAAAUUCUCUCUAAUAAUAUUAUUUUCAUUUGAAGCAGAGAGCUGAACCCGAGCUUAACAAUCUUUGUCAAUUUCAUUGUAAAUAUUGUAAGAAUAAUCCAAAUUAAAAAGUAAUCAGUCGAGUUCGUCGUAGGCUGUUGAAUGAGACGAAUUCGGGCAAUGUCAUAAUUUAUCAUCACUAAAUCUCUACUGUAAAUAUUGUAUAACAAUUUUCAAUCAAAUAUAAAACAGCGUAGCAAAAUAA